ACCUUCAGUCUGAGCCGGUCAGCAGCAGGGACAGGACCUGGACACUCUGAUCAACCAGGACCAGGUUCUGAUCCACAACCAGGACUACAUCUGGACCUGAACCACAACCACGACUAGAUCCUCCACAACCAGGACUAGAUCUGGACCUGAUCAGAAGACCUGGACCAGAACCAGGAGAUAAAACCUGCAGCUUCUCCUCAGCAGAGGUUCUGAUCCUCCAGAACCAGGAUUAGAUCUGGACCUGAUCAGAACCAGGGAAGAUCUGGACCUGACCAGAACCAGGCUAGAUCUGGACCUGAUCAGAACCAGAACUAGAUCUGGACCUGAUCAGAACCAGGACCCUAAACCAGAAUCUUCUCCUCAUCAGAGCAUGUUAGAAAAAAACUCAUGGAUUUAGUCGACCUCUACCUGCCCGAGUGUUUCACCUACCACCCAGAUACUGAGCUUCUGGGCAGGAUGUCGGUGAGGGGCCUCGACCCCACCGCUCCCUCCUCCAUAAAGAGGGAACCCUCCAGCCCCAGCUCCCAGGGGGACAUCAGCCCGGCUCAGCCCAGCCCAGGGAGCUCCUCCUCGGACACCAACUCCAGCUACGGCCCCUUAACCAAGGGCCCCGGUCUGACCAAUGGACUGGACUCACCUGGACUCUACGGGCACGCAGCAGGACUGAACAACACUGGAGCAGCCAGCAGGAGGUUCGAGGACGACGGCCAGGUGAAGUGUGAGUUCAUGCUCGGUUCGGUGGCUAAGCGGGUUUGCUUGGUGUGCGGCGACGUGGCGUCCGGUUACCACUACGGCGUGGCCUCGUGUGAAGCCUGCAAGGCCUUCUUCAAGAGGACCAUCCAAGGUAACAUCGAGUACAGCUGCCCGGCCUCCAGCGAGUGUGAGAUCACCAAGAGGAGGAGGAAAUCCUGCCAGGCCUGUCGCUUUGUCAAGUGUCUGACGGUGGGGAUGCUGAGAGAAGGUGUUCGUCUGGACCGAGUUCGAGGUGGAAGACAGAAAUAUAAACGGAGAAUAGACGCUGAGAACAGCCCAUAUCUGCAUCCUCAGAACUCACUGCCGCAGAAGAAAACCUUCUCUGCAGGCGGCGUGGUCGAGAACAAAGUGGUGUCUCUGCUGCUGGUGGCCGAACCGGAGGGCAUCUUCGCCAUGCCGGACCCGACGGUACCGGAGAGCGACAUCAAGGCCCUGACCACGCUGUGCGACCUGGCCGACCGGGAGCUGGUGGUCAACAUCGGCUGGGCCAAGCACAUCCCAGGCUUCCCCUCCCUGUCCCUGGCGGACCAGAUGAGUCUCCUGCAGAGCAGCUGGAUGGAGAUCCUGAUCCUGCGGGUGGUCUUCAGGUCUCUGGGUCUGGAGGACAAGCUGGUCUACGCCGAGGACUACGUGAUGGACGAGAACCAGUCCAGGCUGGCCGGUCUGCUGGACCUCAACAACGCCAUCCUGCAGCUGGUCAAGAAGUUCAAGAGCAUGGGGCUGGAGAAGGAGGAGUUUGUGGUGCUCAAGGCCAUCGCCCUUGCCAACUCAGACUCGAUGCAGAUCGAGGACUCGGAGGCGGUCCAGCAGCUGCAGGACGUCCUCCACGGCGCCCUGCAGGACUACGAGGCCUUCCACCACCCAGAGGAUCCUCGCCGGGCCGGAAAGAUGAUCAUGACGCUGCCGCUGCUCCGGCAGACGGCGGCUCGAGCCGUCCAGCACUUCUGCAGCAUCAAACAGGACGGCCGGGUGCCGAUGCACAAACUGUUCCUGGAACUGCUGGAGGCCAAAGCCUGACCGCAGGGGGCGGGGCUUCGGACGGGAAGCGGGGCUUCGGACGGGAGGCAGGUGUCGGACGGGAGGCGAAGCUUAGGCGAAGGCUAACAGAUAGUGGUGGAGGUGUCACGUCACGUAUUCGUCCAUUUUCAGCUUC